UUGUGAACGAUUGAAGGUCCAGUGCAAUAUGAUAUUAUUCCAUCAACUAUGCCACAUGAAAAUGUUGUAAACAACAUAAAGCCACCGAGUGGUAGGCUUUCCCAAAUCACCGAGUCAAUGAUCUCGGGUUCAGUCGGUUUACAACCCUACGGCAUGUAAGUACGUAUUAGGCCUGUGAAUGAAUAUUACACAUACAGAGUAUCGAGAAUGUAUCUCGCCCGUGGUCCGUUCCUGUUCAAAUCUCUCUGGAACGUAAUACUGAAUCUCGGUUUCCUUCUGUCAUUAUACAAUGCGGAGUCUGACUACCCAUUCCGGAACACCUCACUGGCAUGGAAUACACGUGUGGACGAUCUUGUAGGCCGCCUGACGGUGAAGGAAAUCAUGUUCCAGAUGAGUAAGGGAGGGUCAGGCCCAAAAGCGGGACCAGCACCAUCCAUACCCCGACUGAACAUUGGACCCUACAGCUGGAAUACAGAAUGCCUCCGAGGAGACGUGAGUGCGGGAAACGCCACUUCCUUUCCACAAGCACUAGGUCUAGCCGCCACAUUCAGCGCUGACAUUUUAUAUGACGUAGCAGAGGCUACUGGUAUUGAGGUCCGCGCCAAAUAUAACGACUACCGGAAACACCACAAGUACGGGGACCACAAGGGGGCGAGCUGUUUCAGUCCCGUUAUCAACAUCAUGCGGCACCCCCUGUGGGGGCGGAAUCAGGAGACCUAUGGAGAAGAUCCCUACCUCAGUGGAGUGAUGGCUGCACAGUUCGUUAAAGGUCUGCAAGGACAUGACCCGAAAUACAUUAGAGCCAAUGCAGGGUGUAAACACUUCGACGUUCACGGUGGACCAGACAAUAUACCUGUGUCGCGUUUCUCGUUCGAUGCACAGGUACGUGAACGUGACUGGCGUCUCACCUUUCUACCUGCUUUUAGACGGUGUGUAGAGGCGGGAACCUACAGUAUCAUGUGCAGCUACAACAGACUGAAUGGGGUUCCAGCCUGUGGUAAUAAGCGCCUCCUAACGGAUAUCCUCCGGAAAGAGUGGGGGUUCAGGGGUUACGUGGUGAGUGACGAGGAGGCCAUUGAGAACAUCAUAAACUACCAUCAUUACCUCAACAACUCUGUGGACACUGUGGCCCUUUGUGUGAAUGCCGGCUGUAAUCUGGAAUUAUCCGACAACGAAGCAAACCCCGUCUACUACUCAAUGAUUGAAGCGAUACAAUCUGGAAAAUUGACAGAGACUGUUGUUCGGGCCAGCGUAAAACCUUUGUUUUACACCAGGAUGCGACUUGGCGAGUUCGACCCAGCAGACAAGAACCCAUACAACCUUCUAGAUCUAUCCAACAUUCAGAGUGAAGAUCAUAGGUCUAAGUCUCUUGAAGCUGCCAUGAAGUCUUUUGUUUUGUUGAAGAAUGUCAACAGUUCGCUGCCAUUUCAUAAACAAUUUAGAACAAUUUCGGUGGUCGGACCGAUGGCCGACAACAUUUACCAGCUGUUUGGUGAUUACAGUGCUGACGCCAGUCGUCAAUACACUACAACUCCUCUCGAAGGACUAAAACGCCUGGCAGGGUCAACGAAAUACGGCCAAGGGUGUCCAGAUAAUAGGUGUGAACAUUACAAUGUCACACAGGUCAAGGUCGCUGUAGCGCAAACUGAGGCUGUCUUCGUCUGUCUUGGAACAGGACAAGAACUCGAAGGGGAAGAUAACGAUAGAAGCAAGAUGGACCUGCCAGGACAGCAACUAAAACUUCUGCAAGAUGCUGUGGAAUUCUCAGGGACUGCACCGAUCAUAUUGCUUCUCUUCAACGCCGGUCCUUUGAACAUCACCUGGGCUGAACAGAGUGAUCGCGUUAGUGCCAUAUUGGAAUGUUUCUUCCCCGCUCAGACAACAGGGGAGGCAUUAUUCCGAGUUCUCACCAACAAUGACGACAACAGCAACCCCGCCGCCAGACUACCAUUUACAUGGCCCCUUUAUGUUACGCAGGUUCCGUCGAUAACAAACUAUACCAUGGAAGGAAGGACAUAUAGAUAUUUCCAGGGCGAUCCCCUUUAUCCUUUUGGGUUUGGUUUGUCCUACACCCAAUUCCAUUAUUUUGAUGCUUGGUUGACACCUCUCAUUCAAGUUGGUCAGCCAGUUGGUGUGAGAGUGGAAGUUGGAAACACCGGAGCGUAUGAUGGAGACGAGGUAAUACAAAUAUACCUGGAAUGGAUUACGACGAAAAUGAAAAUGCCAAAAUUACAACUUGUUGCAUUUAAAAGAGUCUUUAUCAAAACCAAAGACAAAUUAAAUUAUAAUCUGGAAAUCAAUCCACGUGAUAUGGCUGUAUGGACAGGGAAGACAUUUAUCAUCGAAGCAGGGAAAAUGAGGAUAUAUAUCGGUGGACAGCAACCCAACCAACGGAAACGUAUAGCGUCAAAUAUACUUGUACGAGAAUUCGAAAUUAUCAACUCAAAGAGUAUAGUUUAGGUCUGAUACAUUAUCUCCAACAUGUGCUAAUACACCAACGUAUAUUGUUUGGUCAGUUACAUACACUAAAUGAAUGAACAAGGUACAAUACUAUGAUGAAUUAUUUUAAUAAUCGCUUUCGAUAUCGUUAUGGUUGAACGAUCAAACAAUGAUUUGAACGAUCAAACAAUGAUUUAUUACAAAGUAUAAUAAAUAUCAGCAGGCUUAUAAUUACAUAACAUAAACAACUCGAUUCCUGUCUCAAACUAUUCACUUUUGCAUGACAUGAUUUCAUUUGUGAAAAGUACAAUAAAUCGAACAUUAAUUCAAUUUGAAUAACAGUUGUCGCAUUUUAAUAAACUGACUUUGAAAACGUGAUUACAAUACCUGAAAAUAUAUUGUAAUACGAAAGCAUCAUGUUUUGUCAUAAUUUAAAGUUAAGUACCCAAAUAGGUGAUGGUGUUUUCUAUUUAGACAAUUUAAAUGUUUGAGUGGGUUUUUAUCACAUGUGAACUUAGAUACGAAAAACCCACAAAAUUAGUUAGGGGACGAUAUUUCUCAUAGCUUGCAAUUGCAUAGAAGAACAAAUCUGUUAUAAUUUCCAUCCAGGAUCA